CCCUUGCUCUUCUUCUUCCUCCUCUCGCAUCUCUCCCUGCUCUCCUCUCGCACCGCCGGGCUGCUCCGCUCCGCCUUCUUUUUGAGGAAAAAAAACGGCAGCUUGGUGGAGAGGAGAUGGACGACUACGCGCGGGAGAUGAUGGAGCUCAAGACGCUCGUCACCCGCACCCUCGAGAAGAAGGGCGUCCUCGCCAAGAUUAGGGCUGAACUGAGAGCAAGUGUGUUUGAGGCCAUAGAAGAGGAGGAUCGUGUCGUAGAGGAGAAUGAUGACGGAGGGAAUCCUGCUUUGCUUGGCAGCUGCAAUGACCGUGCUAAGCAGCUGCAUGCUUCAGCGUCAGGUAGGUUAUUGACAGCACUUAUAGGCGAAUACUUGGAGUGGGCCCAGCUAAGUCACACAAUGAAAGUUUAUUUGCCAGAAUGUAAUCUGCCCAAGGACUUUUGGAAGAAUGAACUCAAGGAUUUUUCUAGCAAAAAUGGAGCUGAAGGGAGCAGGAGUGCUGAGAGUGGUCCCAUGCUUCUAGAUGUUCUUGAAGGAUAUCUCAAAUAUGAGAAUUUGUCUCAAACAAGGAUGGCUGGUAGGAGGAUUGGCAAUUCCGAGUCCGAACAAACAUUAAACACUGAACAUCGGAAUAUGAGGAGGCCACCAUCUUCAUCUUCAGUUGGGGUCCUUCCUCCUAUGGGAAGGCAAAUGCCAUCAUCACAGACAUCAGAUCGAAGAGGGGGCUCUUCCGCUUCCAACACAAGGAAAGAUGAGUACAACUGGGGAUAUGAUGCCGACGACAUCUCAGAAGAAGUACUGCGUGCAACCAGCGGUGUGGAGAACCUCCAAUUAGACCGGAAAGCCCGGAAUCUGACCACAUCCUGGAGGCAUCCAGGCAAUGGUGCCGAGUGACAGCUCCGAUGCGCUCCUGGCUUGCUUGGUUCCCCUUGGAACUUUUGUAUCCCCUCUUGGUUGGUACUGGAUCGUGUUCGGCCCUGUUUCCAUGUUGUAAUCCAACUAAUUAAUGCACCUGAGAUGAGAUUUGUGUGCGAAUGAUUUUUGUGGUGUGUGGAACAAAUUGUUUUGAUUUACGUCGAAAGAUUGCUGCUGUUUCAAAUGUAUGGAAUUGUACCAGAGGCAGAUAAGGCUAGUAUAUUAAUAUUAGUAAGUUGUAACGUAACUUGUGAUAUCUAAAGAGUUGUUACUAAGCAAUGAGAAUACACUAGUCAGGAGAUGGAUCAAUUCAGUAACAA